AUGGCGCCCUACACAACCCUUCCCCACAGAGGGCACGUCCCCUGGCAGGGGCUCCUGCUCACAGCCUCACUUUUAACCUUCUGGAACCCGCCCACCACUGCCCAAGUUAUGGUGGAAUCCGUGCCGUUCAAUGUUGCAGAGGGGAAGGAUGUUCUUCUACUUGUCCACAAUCUGCCACAGAAUGUUGCUGGCUAUGUGUGGUACAAAGGAGAAGGGGUGGAGGCCAGCAAUCGGAUUGUAGCAUAUGUGAUAUCCACUCAAGUACAUGUCCUGGGGCCUGCGCACAGUGGUCGAGAGACAAUAUACCCCAAUGGAUCCCUGCUGUUCCAGAAUGUCACCCAAGAGGACACGGGAUACUAUACCUUACACAUCACAAAUAGAAUGCUUCAGACCUACCAAGCAACUGGCCAGUUCCACGUGCACCGGUCAGUGGCUCAGCCCCUCAUCAGAGCCAGCAGCACCACAAUCAUGGAGAGUGAGGGCCCUGUUCUCCUGGCCUGCCACACAAAUGACGCUGCGACCUUCAUUCAGUGGAUCUUCAAUAACCAGACUAUGCAGGUCACAGAGAGGACAAGACUCAUCUGGGGCCACAGGGUGGUCAUCAUUGCUCCCGUCAAGAGGGAGGAUGCCGGGGAGUAUCAGUGUAGGGUCUCCAAUUUGGUCAGUUCCAGCCAAAGUGACCCCUUCAUGCUGAAUGUGAAGUACAAGGCAUCCAAGUCUCUUCCCACCAGUUAG